AUGGAAUCAACCAACGGCGAGUCAUCUGGACCUUCGCUCGUCCAGGUCUUCCACUCGUCUCCACGCUGGCGGCUCCAUUACGAGUCCACCAAGCAAUUGAUGUGGGCCGCAACUCGCUUUCGACCGCAACUCGCUUUCGACCGCAACUCGGCAACUGAUGGUGGUGGGUUUCUCGGCCACAUGGUGUGGACCGUGCAAGAUGAUGGAACUGCCGCCAUUCCCACUGCGCUCAACCACGUCACUAACCUGAUCAACGGCAUCGCGAAGGGUAGACGCUACGCCUGCAUCUCCGGUGGAGGAAAGACUAUCGAGAUCUGUAACUUCCUUGGGCAGAAGAGGGUAUUCCUGUCUGUUUGUUUUGGGAUGUUAUUCUUCUAUGAAUGGUAG